UUUCUUUUCUUUUUCCCUCACAUCUUCCUUCAGUCGUUGAUUUUCUACAUCCCCCAUCUUUCUGCCUCUCCACUCUUACUCACGAUCGCAUCCCUUCAGCUCAUUUGCCUUUCUCAUUCACAUUUCUCUCUCUCUCUCUCUCUUUUUUUUUAAGCUAAGCUGAUCAACACUUCUUUUUACACACCUUAAAUCCCUUCAACAGUACAAAACUAUGGCCGGUGGUUCAAAACUUUCACCUUUUGGUCAUGCCAUAGCUGGAACCGGAGGUGCCAUGUUCGCAUUGACGUGUACCUACCCUCUGGACAUUAUCAAGACACGCAUGCAAGUCAGGUCCAAAUCCACGGCUGAUUCAUCAGAUCCAAAUGUUUAUCUAUCUACGACCGAUGCUGUUCAAAAGAUCAUCAAAACCGAAGGUGUUACUGGUUUGUACGCUGGUCUCCUAUCUGGACUUUUAGGUACUGCCUCUCAAAAUUUUGCUUACUUCUAUUGGUAUACAUUUCUCCGAUCCGGUUAUAUUAAGCGACAGCCGGUCGGAGCAACUAUCUCUACAAUCAUGGAGCUGUUGAUCGGUGCUGGUGCUGGUGCUUUGGCACAGAUUUUCACUAUUCCUGUCGCAGUUGUCACCACCCGGCAACAAACCAUGCCCGUUGGUGAGCGAUUGGAUCUCAAAUCAACUGCUAUGGAGAUUGUGAAUGAGGAGGGCUGGACAGGCCUUUGGAAGGGACUCAAGCCUUCUUUGGUGCUGGUUAUCAACCCUGCGAUCACAUAUGGUAUGUACUCGCGCAUUCAGGAAGUGGUAUUGAAGGCGUUCCGUCGCAAGGAUAUGACCCCAGGAUUGGUCUUCUUAGUUGGUGCCUUAGCAAAGACUUUGGCAACUAUUGUCACCUAUCCAUACAUUAUGGCCAAGGUUCGUCUGCAAUGGAAGCCUUCUAAGAAGGAUGCUGCCACCCAUAAGCCAUAUACAGGAGCCAUUGAUGUGCUCCAGCGUGUCUUUGAGAAGGAAGGCCUCAAGGGCUGGUAUACAGGAAUGCAAGCUCAGAUUUCAAAGGCUGUCAUUUCUCAGGCAUUGUUGUUCAUGGUCAAGGAUCAAUUGGAGAAAUACACUAUCCUCUUGUUCGCCCUUCUUUUUCGACAGAAGCGAAACAAAGUCAUGUAAAAAAAGAGAAAAAUGCCUAGGAGAUUAUAUUACUCUGGGAUGAUUCCUCAUCUUGCAUAAAUAUUCCUUAAAGAAGGAAAGCAUUGCCUGUAUCUUGUAUAGCUGUUCUUCUUGAUCUGACUUAAUAGAUCAUUUCAAAACAAAAACAAAAAAUUCCCCACUCUUUUUAUAGACACAUAAUAAAAAAUUCUUUUUAGAUUGGCUACGG